AGCCGCAGCUUCUUCGUGACCCAGCCGUCCAACCCCAACAACCCAAUCUCAACCAUUUUUCUUCCAAAAACCAGCAAAAUCAAAUUCAAUUCAAAAUGUAGCACUCCUAGGAAACAAGCUGAAUCCCGAAAAUCCAAAAUCAAAAACGAAAAGGAAAAAAAAAACCAGGAAACCUCCAUUGAUGUACAAAAAAAACUCAAAAACAACAAUCAUUGAACAAAGAAAUCGCGAUCAGAGGAGAAGAACCGAGUAGAAGGAGAGCUGGAAAUCAAAGAAACUCACCCAUGAUUGAAUCAGAAGGAGAAUUGAAGGAAACGGAACCAUUACAAAUAUUGGUGCAGAGCAAUGGGCAUUGGGAUGACAACAGAAACUAUGUUGAUUAUGAAUCAAGUGGAGAAUUAAUUUCGACCAAGUGCACUUUUGAGGAACUAAUGAGAAUAAUGAUGGAAGAACUCCAAUGCAACCAUGAAUCAACACAACUACAACUGAAAUAUCAACUGAAGGAAGGAGGCCAACCACUACAAAUCAAGGAUGACAAAAGUCUGUUGUUCUACAUAAAGCUAUUAACGAAGGAGGUUGAUUUCACAAGGUACCCAUUGUGUGUGAACAAAACCAGUAACACGGCACCACCUAACCAAACAAUGGUGUGGAACAAUAUGAUCAUGGAAUCGUAUGAGAACAACGCAGCACAGGAAGACUUGCAGCAACCUGGAAACAACACGGCAACAACUUCCAAGCAACAACUAUCUGCGCAGACGAUGGGAUCUGGUGAAGUUGAUGCAUUUUUCCUAGAAACAGACACAGUGUCAUCAGAAUCAACCAUACAACAACCAGACAACAACAGAGAAAAAACUACAGCAGUAGAUGAAGAUUUUGACUUCACCGACUAUGCAAAGCUUGUGGCUGCGAAAUGGUACAAAGAACUAGAAAACAACCGGGAAGAAGAAGAGGAAGUGGACAACACAGAAAUGAUGAUCAUCAAUGACAAACGACAUGAAACAAUAGAGAAGGGGCAAAUUUACAAGGACAAAGAAACAUUGAUAAGUACACUAUGCUACUUUGCAAUCAAGAAGACAUUUCAAUACAAAGUAGUGAAAUCUUGCACAAAAGAAUACAACAUAGUGUGUUUGGACACAAACUGCAAAUGGAGUUUAAAGGCUACAAAAAAUGGAAACACAGAAACAUUCAUAAUAAGGAGCUACGAAGAAGAACACACAUGUGCAGUUACAAUAAGAUUUGGAGAUCAACGACAAGCUACAUCAAAGUUGAUAGCAGACUUUGUAAAACCAAAAUUCUUGAACCUGAAAACAAAGUGCAGCCCUGCAGACAUAAAGACAGAAAUGAAAGACAAAUACGGAAUAAAGAUGAAUUACAUGAAAGCAUGGCGUAGUAAAGAGCGAGCACAAACCCAGCUACAUGGAAAUGCUAAAGAGUCGUACAAUCUCUUGCCUAGAUACCUGUACAUGCUACAGAAAACAAAUCCAGGAACAUUAAUAGACAUAGAGAAAGAUGAUGAUGACAGUUUCAAAUAUGCAUUUGUUGCAUUGAAUGCUGCUAUAAAAGGUUGGCCAAACUGCAAACCAAUCAUCGUGGUAGACGGUACAUUCCUAAAGGCCGCGUAUGGAGGCACGUUGCUCACUGCCAACACACAAGAUGCAGAAUCUAAAAUUUUUCCACUAGCAUACUGCAUAGUUGAUUCUGAGAACGAUAAAUCGUGGGAGUGGUUCUUAAAAAAAAUAAGAGAAGCAUUCGGGAUUCGAGAAUGUCAAUGCCUAAUAUCAGACAGACAUGAAAGCAUCAUCAAAGCAACUAGGAAAGUGUUCCCUGAAAUAACACAUGGCUACUGCAUCUUCCACCUCUUGUCGAACCUCAAAACAAAAUUCAAGAAAAAUGCAAAGCAUUUCAGAGUGCCAUUCUUUGCAGCUGCAAAAGCUUACACAGAAAUGGAGUUUGAAUUCCAUAUGAGGGAGCUAGACAACUUGGAUAAGCGCAUAAGACCGUACCUGGAGAAAAUUGGCCAUGAAAAAUGGUCAAGGUAUCAUUCAGAAAACAACAGGUACUCUACCAUGACAUCAAACAUAGCUGAGGCACUGAACUCAGCAAAUUUAGCAAAGAAGGGAAACACCGGUGACAACAUUAAUGGAGUGCUUCGAGGGCACAAAUGCAAGAGUGGACAUACAAUAAUAGAAAGGAGGCACAAAAAUGCACAACAAGGCCGACACCAUCAUCCGAGAAAAACUCAUAGGGAACUAUGUACGAUCAUUGCGACUAACGUGAAACCAAAGAAACCGAGAACUCUGUUUGAGGUGAUAGAUGAAGACGAACAAGAAUAG